CAAAUACAUAUCAUCGUAAAUAUUUACACUAUACAUAUAAUAACAGGUCAUUUCCUUUUGGUAGAAAGUUUGCGAAGGAAGAAAAUAUGAAAUUAAUUGUCUAUACGGUCAUUCUUGCUCUUUUUGCAAACUGUAAUGGUGCAGCGGUGGUGAAGAGUACAAACAAAUACGUGGAGGAGAUCCUCCACGAUAGAUUUCAAGAAGUGACAAAUCGCAGAUUAUUCGAUUCUUUCUUCCUAAACUAUAAUUUAAUGGCGGAUAUCAGAAUCAGAUUCUACGGAGGAAAAAUAAAAAACAUAAAGGAUUUGAAGAGGAACGGACUCUGCGCUAAUUUGAUAGGAUCCAACGAAAUUGUCAUCGGAUGCGCUUUAACUUUUCGCUCUUUAAUGGUGGAAUACGUUGGAGAAUUUAAAAUUGAAGAAAAUACUGUUCUGAAUUUUUUUACGGUAAGCUACGUCGGUCCUACUGACUUGUACGUCGAUAUAACUUCCACCCCCCAACGUGAUAAGGCCACCCUCAGUAGAUUCAUCGUGACGUCUAUUGGAAUGAUAACUGUGGAGUUUUCGAACCUGGAGUACGGAGGUGAGGUCUUCAGGAAUCUUAUAGAAACUAAAUUAGGCGAUCAGAUAAGAAAACAACUGUACGAAAUGUUUACUACGUACUUCUUGAAUUCUUUCAAAUCUGCUCUAUCUCGUCAGUUCCCUUCUCCUAAUAAGUGAUUACAGCAUUUUAAGCUAUUUUUGCAUUUCUUAUAUUGUAUAACACUUGUUUUCUGUAUUAUUACUGUAUUCGAAUUCUAUUGAUGUAAUUGUAAUCUGAGAAAUCUUGUUUUAAAAAGUAA